AUGAGUGGCGAAGGAAAGAAUGAAAAGAAGACGGUUGGUGAUUUUAACGAACUUGGUUGGUAUACAUUAUUUGUAUGUAUAACAUACGAAAUAUUAAUUAUAUCGCAAGUCAGCAAUUUGAUUUACAUGAUUUUUGGAGGAGCAGUUGCUGAUGUUGUUAGUUGUGAAAAUGAAGAUUUUCGUAAUAUGACAAAUGAAGAACGAUGUUCGAAAUACGAAAUUCAUAAAAAUAGCAGCACUUGUAAAUAUGAUGGCGUUUUUCAUUCUGUUAAUUACGAGUUUGGAUAUGUAUGCAGUGAUGCACGUACAGUUAAAAUGAGUACUUCACUUCAAAUGAUUGGUAUAAUGUUUGGAGCAAUGAUUUUCGGUCAACUUUCGGAUACUUUUGGAAGACGAAAGACUCUUAUGUUUGGAACGGUUGGUUUGAUUAUUAGCGGAACGAUAUCGACUUUCGCUAAUGGUAUAGUAUUUUUCACGAUUGCACGAUUUUUUGUCAUGUUUUUCACUGGUGGAAAACAUAGUGUUUCUUAUGUCUUCAUGAUGGAAACGUUACCAACAAAGCAUAGAAUGUGGAUAGUCACAGUGAUAACUUAUUCGCCAAAUUAUAUUGUUUUUACGGCAUUGGCUUAUAUCACAGGCGAUUGGAGAAUUCUCUCAAGAGUCGUUGCAGCAAUCACCAUCAUUCCGCUUAUUAUGCUAAUAUUCAUUCAAGAAACACCUCGAUGGCUCGUUUUGAAAGAAAAGAUUGAUGAAGCACGCGAAGCAUUAAUAACAAUUGGCAAAUGGGAUGGCACCAAUACUCCGGAACGACUUGCCGAAGUAGAUGCAGUUCUGGAUAAAGAACGUGAACAUAUUCGACAAAAUGCUGGUCAUCCUAAAAAAAAGUACUACACAUACCAUUUGUUCCAGUAUCGACAAUUCGCUGCAUAUGCUAUAUUUUUCUCCUAUAGUUUGGUCACCACAAGCGUUAUUUCCUAUGGUUUAAUGUUCAACUUUGAGAAGCUUGCUGGAUCACCAUUUCUUAAUACGAUUAUUAUUGGAUCAAUGCGUUAUGGAAUUAACAUUAUUGUUGCUUUGAUUGAUAUUCGAUUUAUGUGGGCCGGUCGACGACUGUUGCAUGGUUUUGCAAUGUCUUUUAUGGCUUUGGGAUUAAUAAUCGUCUUCGUAAUUAUACUUUUCGACUUAGAUUUGAAAUCGGUUAUCCGAAUUACGGCGUUAUCAGUAUCAGCAAUGGGAAGUCAGAUAUACAUUUUGAAUGCUAUUGCUCCAUCGGAACUAUUUCCUACUGCUAUUCGUAAUGUUGGUAUGGGCUUUGUGCAGACAUUCAAUCGCGUUGGCAAUGUUAUCGCUCCUCAGAUCUUCCUUUUGGGUGAUUUAUGGAAUCCAUUACCAUACUUAGUUAUGGGUUUGAUGGGUUGGAUAGAAGUCGUAUUAUUCCUUGCGUUGAUUCCAGAAACAAAAGGAAAGCCACUUCCGGAUCGUAUGCCAGAUGAUGAUGACGACGGAGAAGGGAAGGCACUCGAAAAUAUACGACUUGAUAAAGUAGAAAAUGAGGAAAAAAUGCCAUUAAAAACAGAUAAAUAG